UCCCGCACAUCUCGUUCUCCCAAUCUUUCCCGCACAAACAGACCAGCGCCCCUUCCCUCCUCCCUCCCUCGAAGCAGCGAUGGCGCCCAAGGCCGAGAAGAAGCCGACGGCGAAGAAGCCCGCGGAGGAGGAGCCUGCGACGGAGAAGGCCGAGAAGGCCCCCGCCGGGAAGAAGCCCAAGGCCGAGAAGCGGCUGCCGGCGGGCAAGACCGCCUCCAAGGAGGGCGGCGGCGAGAAGAGGGGCCGGAAGAAGGGCAAGAAGAGCGUCGAGACCUACAAGAUCUACAUCUUCAAGGUGCUCAAGCAGGUGCACCACGACAUCGGCAUCUCCUCUAAGGCCAUGUCCAUCAUGAACUCCUUCAUCAACGACAUCUUCGAGAAGCUCGCCGGGGAGGCCGCCAAGCUCGCCCACUACAACAAGAAGCCCACCAUCACCUCCCGCGAGAUCCAGACCUCCGUCCGCCUCGUCCUCCCCGGGGAGCUCGCCAAGCACACCGUCUCCGAGGGCACCAAGGCCGUCACCAAAUUCACCUCCUCUUAGAUUCAGUCUCUGGCAACUGUAGUUCGGUGCUGUUUGCCCAGAAUUAGUGUUGCUCAAUGGAAAUCGGUGGAAAAUUGUCUAGUUUGUACUCCCUCCGUUCCAAAUUACUUGUCUUAGAUUUGUCUAAUACGGAUGUAUCUAGCACUAAAAUGAGUCUAGAUACAUCCGUAUCUGGACAAAUCCAAGACAAGUACUUCCUCCGUCCGAAAAUACUUGUCAUCAAAAUGGAUAAAAGGGGAUGUAUCUAGAUGUAUUUUAGUCGUAGAUACAUCUCUUUUUAUCCAUUUUAAUGACAAGUAUUUUUAGACGGAGGGAGUAAUUCGGAACGGAGGGAGUAGUUGGGUUGGUGAUGUUACCGUGUCAUGUGACUGAUCGAUCUGAAAUAGCAAUGAUCUGGUGCAUGUUUUGUGAA